GCUAGAUAAGCCUUAUUGACGCGAUCAUGUUUUCCUUUGUCAAACGUUUCUUCCGCAAAAAAUUCUCCAAAGUCCCUACACCUCCUAAAUGGAGACCUAAUAGCACCAGCCACCACUCGAGCUCCGAUGAUGGUUACAUAGCCGAUAGAUGGGAACUUUUGAUGGGUCAAAAUCAUUGGGAAGGCCUACUCGAGCCACUUGAUAAUGAACUCCGAAGAUCUAUCAUCUACUAUGGAGAGAUGGCUCAGGCAACCUAUGACACUUUUAUUCGAGAUAAGUACUCUAAAUAUGCGGGUGCUAGUCGUUUUAAUAAGAAUAACUUCUUCGCCAAGUUAGGUCUUGAAUUAGGUCAUCCUUACAAGUACCGUGUUACAAAGUUCUUUUAUGGAACUUCGGGGAUAGAAAUGCCUGAUGCCUUCUUGUUUAAGCCAUUCUCGUCUAUUGAGCCAUGGAGUAAGGAUACGAAUUUUAUGGGGUACAUCGCGGUGGCUGAUGAUGAGUCUGUGGAGUUGUUGGGAAGAAGGGAGAUUGUAGUGGCAUGGAGAGGGAGUGUACAAUUCUUAGAGUGGCUAAAUGAUUUUCAAAUUUUGCAAGUUUCAGCAUCUGCUAUGUUAGGGCAUGAAGGUGAUGAUGGUGGGCCCGAGGUGCAUCAAGGAUGGCACUCCAUCUAUACCACCGAGAAUUUAUCAUCGGCCUUUGAAAAGACAAGUGCAAGAGAUCAGGUUCUAACAGAGCUUACAAAGUUGGUGGAGCAAUACAAGGAAGAAGAGAUAAGCAUAACAGUAACCGGCCACAGUCUAGGCGCGGCACUUGCAACAUUAAACGCAGCUGACAUCGUCGCAAACAAAAUCAACCAACGUAAAAACUCCCCAAAUUCCAAACCUUGCAAAGUAACAGCCAUAGUAUUCGCUAGCCCUCGAGUUGGAGAUGCAAACUUUAAGAAAACAUUGUUAAAACACGACGAACUUAGAAUCUUGCGUGUAUGUAAUGCACAAGAUUUUGUCCCUAACUAUCCCUUAAUCGAUUAUGUUGAUGUCGGCGAGGAGUUAACGAUCGACACAACUCAAUCGGUCUAUUUGAAAAACCCGGGGCUUCCUUCGAUUUCACAUAACCUUGAGGUUUACUUGCACGGUGUGGCGGGUACUCAAGGGAGUGGUGAUGAAGGGUUUAAGUUGGUUGUGGAACGUGACGUCGCAUUAUUGAACAAGUUCUUUGAUUGUUUGAAAGAUGAGUACCUUAUUCCUGUUAAUUGGUGGGUGUUGAAAUAUAAAAGUAUGGUUCAACAAAAUGAUGGUUCUUGGUUGCUAAUGGAUCAUGAAAUGGAGGAUGAUGAUUGAGAAUUAUGUUUCUGUUUUUUUAUGAUUCUACCUCCGUUUCUUUUUAUUUGCAAAAUUAUCCCUAUGUAUAUUUUGUGAGUAUCGUCAAUUUUUUUUUCUUGUAUAUUUCUACGUUUUAUUUUUCUUUAUUUUCUAAGAUGUAAUGUCACCUUAUGUAUUUUUUAUUUUCAUUUUCUAAUUAAACUAUACGAAGUAUAUUUUACAUUUCUUCAAAAAAAUAAAAAAGAAAGUAUAUUUUACGUUAUUUUACAAGUGAACUUUAAAUUAGAUGCAACUGGUUCAAUUCACAUUAUCUGUAAAUUUUUGAGCUAUUGUACCAUAUAUUUUUCUCCAAUAUGUAUAUUAUGUAAUCCUUGAUACUCCUUUCGCGUUUUAGGUCCGUUUAAAAUUACACUAAAAAUCAUAGCUAUUCCCGUUUUAGGUCCGUUUUUAAACCCGAGACCCGCUAAAUUCGAUGGAUCUGGGUAUGAUUUUUUUAGACCUAGUUGGCCUGAGUGAAAUCUGGGUCAACCUCCGAAAUUCCGAGUCUGGUUCUCAAUGGACCCGACCCAUUGUCAUCCCUAAUUUAAGGACACUUUCCUUUUUUUUUUUUUUUUUUUUUUUUUUUGGUGUUGUUGUACAAAAGUAUUUAUAGUUGCUCUUAAAUGUUCAACACUUACAUACUGAUCUUUUAUUGUCCUCAUUUAUGAACAUGGAGUACUUGUAUUAGUUGUAUCAUGUACUUCGUAGUAAAAUUUAACCAUAUAGUUAUUGGUAAGUAGUAUCUUCUGCAGUUCUGCCAAAAGAUUUGCACUCAUCCAAAACUUCAUUUCUUGAUCUCUCCAUUUCUCUUUCUCAUCUUUAUCUCUCUUACUCUACGCUAGCUUUUGCGAAAAUGGCAAAGAAAUGCCAAUGGUGUGAGAUUAAAGAAAAUUACCAUUACUGGCAUAACUUUCCUUCAACAACUCACCAGUUUCUUGUCAUCAUGCCCUACAAUUUCCAUCAA